GGGCGCCCCGCCCCCUCUCGCCUUGCCCCAGGUCCCUGCCCUGCGGGCAUGCGCGGUGCGGGCGGGCUUCGCAUUUUUGAGGCCCCCGCGCCCUUCUUCGGGGUGUGGCUAGGUUUCUUAGGAGCCUGUUCAGGAGCUCUCUGACGGGUACUUGAAACGCUAAGCUCACUUCUUAAGAUGAGAAUAAUCGGUACCUGUGGAUCUUGCGUUUUCAAAGCCACCUUUCUCGCCAUACCCUCCAUCCCUCCCAGCUGCUGUCUCUUGCCAUGAAUCCUGCCUCUGGGCCCACUCUGGUCCUUCCCAAAGUGUAAAGGAAGUUUGUGUAGGACGAUCAACUCCAAGUACCACAUUAUUACUAGCUUCUCAAACUGAAGUAUGCACAGCCCCAGUUCUGUACAGAAGGGAUGCAAAACAGCAGAAUAUUUGUGGUACAACCUUCUAGAGCAUCAAUUUUACUCUCAGAUUUUGAAGAACAGAACUUAAGUAAUUUACAUGGGCUCCAGGCAGCCGCCACAAGUGGACCAGUGUUGGCGAACAAGGUCAGAACUGCCCUCCGAGAGCAGGUAGAGUGGAAGCUGGAUCCCGCAGCUGCAGUGGGAAAAACUAAUGGCCCCCCGAGAAGAAUAUAUGAUCCACUCCCUGAGAGAACGCGAAUCCCGGAAGUCCUCCUGCUGAGAGCUCAGAGCAGAGGCUUCAUUUCCCCUCUCCUGGGCUGUCCUCCCUCUGGCUGGCUGGAAAUCAGAUGUGACAUCCCGAGACUGACUCCAACACCAUCCUGCCCUGAGGCGACCAUGAAGCUGGCAGACGCCGACACUCCCUGUGAGUCGAUCAGGGUCCAAGGCCGAACUCUCCGUCAGGCAACUGAACGCACGAGGGGCUUCCAGAUGAAUCUGGCUGCUGCUUCAUUCCCCAGGGCCACAGGGGCUCAGACACAUCUUCCUCUCAGUGACACUGCCCUGUGGUUCAGUAGCCCAGGGCAGAAGCAGAGGCGCGGCAGGGGCUGUCUGCACGGCACCUUGGAGGAGCUGUGGCUGUGGGCAAACCUCGUCUGCUCAAGUACUGCCCGGGCCCUCCGAGGACUCACGACUCACCUCCCUACCCUCUGCAGCCAGGGCAGCCUUUUGGUUUGUCCUCGCUUCUCCAAACUAAUUAUCUAA